AUGUCACUCAAGGACGACACUUUAAAUGCCAGCCCCUCGGGGGUAUCUGCCAUCCGCUCGAACAACACUUUGGGAGUUGUCAAGUCUAAGGACUCUCCGGACGAGCCUGUUCUGGUUGAGGAGGGAUUUUCUCUGAUUGUUUCCCCAGAUAAUCCACACCAUCCCAUUCACUGGAGUAUUGGUUUGAAGAUCUUCAUCUCGGUGGUGUACUGUUUGCUGCAGGUUUUCGUUACCCUGACCUCGACAUCAUAUCUGUCUGUUGAAUGGAUUGUCGAAGAAAGGUUCAACGUUGGUGCUCAGGUUGCUACUUUAGGCCAGUCAUUGUUCAUCAUCGGUACUGCUGUUGGACCUGCUGUGCUUGGUCCAAUGUCCGAUUUGGGUGGCCGUAAGUGGAUUUACGUCGUUUCCAUGGUUUUCUACAUCUUGUGCUCUAUCGGAUGCGCAUUGCCCAGAAACAUGGCUCAGUUGGCCAUUUUUAUGCUUCUUUUGGGAAUUUCCGGUUCGUGUGCCCUGUCUAACGUUGCCGGUACCAUUGGUGACCUGUUUGGUGACGCCGAUGCCGCCUCGCAGCCCAUGGCUCUGUUCGUGAUGUCUGCCAACAUUGGGCCAUCUCUGGGAUCCCCAGUAGGUGAGUGGAUUGGUGAUAAGGAGAACAUGGGAUUUGCCUGGAUUUACUGGCUUAACUGUAUUAUUGGUGGUGCCUUUGCCAUUGGUCUGUGCUUCAUUCCAGAGACCCUUCCUCGUCUGGUCAUCGCCAAAGCGGCCGCCAAGGAAGCUAAGGCUAAGGGUGAAGAAACCCCCUCCGAUAUUAUGGACUCUUCAUUCUCUGAUGUCAUGCAUGAGAUGAGAUUCGUGUGUAUGAUGGCUUUGAGAAUUUUGUUUACGGAGCCUCUGGUGAUGUUCCUGGGUCUUUUCAACGGAUUCACUUACGGUCUUCUGUUUUUGUACCUUGAUGGUGUGUUUGACGUUUUCGUCUACAACAAUGGGCUUUCUUACAUCGUGGCCGAUCUUACUUUCUUGAACUUCAUUGUUGGUGUGCUCAUCAUGUUCUCUUUGGUGCCUAUCCAAACUUAUCUGUACAAGAGGGACCGUCUCAGAAAUGGCGGUAUUCCGAGACCAGAAGCUAGAUUUUUGAUUUCGCUCGUCAGUGUCUGGGGUUUCCCAAUUUCUCUUCUUUGGUUCGGAUUCACAUCUGAUGGAAACACAAGUUAUUGGUCUCCGAUUAUUGCUGGUACUUUGCUUGGAAUCGUGGAUCCUUUGCUGUGGUUGAAUAUGCUUUCGUACAUUGUUGAUGCAUAUGCACCUGCAGGUCUUUCGGGAUCUGCCAUCGCUGCGUUCUCGAUUCCCUCUUUUGCCAUUGCAGGAGCUUUAUCUCACGCAGGUGUUGCCAUGUUCGAGAGAAUGUCUACCAAAUGGGCUGUGGCAACUCUUGGUUUCAUUUCCUUCGGAGUCGUUGCCCUGGUUUACGUCUUCUACUUCUUCGGUGCUAAGAUUAGAGGUGCUUCGAAGUUGUGUCGUGCUGGUGUCCACUAUGUGGAGGGUCCAGUCGAGGAAUAUGUUGAGCAACAGGAUCAACAAGAGGAGCAAAAGGAGUAG